CCCCUCCAGAAAUCCCCGGACGUACAACCACCCCUACAAUCACGAUGAGUCCCGCACGCGUAACUCAAUCAACCACCCGUGCCCUCUACCUCAAAUACCUUACCCUCCCCUUUCCCUGGCGCACGAAGCGUCUCGCAGGCUACGACCUCGACGGCAACCUCUUCUUCGAAUGGAAAGACCCAAACCACAACCCCCACACCGGCCUCCUCAUGACCAUCUCCCGAACUCGUCGCAUGGUUGAGUAUGCCAACCCAGCAGAGAACUGGUCAGAUCACAAGCUGUCUCCGCUAUGGAUCAGCUGGCUGCGGCAUAGGAGGCAUGACGCACCUGGUUGGAGGGAGAUGAUGGAGGAGGACGAGAGGGUCAGGACGGCAGAGGAGAGGGCGAGGCUGGCGGAUCAGAGGUGGCAGGAGGCGAAAUUGGAGCAGACGGCGGCGAAGAAGAUGAAGGAGAUCCCGAUGCAGGAUCCGAAGAAGUGGGAGGCGAAGGCGGCGAGUAUUGCGCAGGAGAGCGGAGGGGUUGGUGCACAGGACACAACGGAGGCUAAGGAUGCGAAGGAGAGGCCGAAGCCGGAGGAGAGUGCGAUCCCGGCGAUGAACAGGACGGCGAAGGAUUGGCAGCCUGAUGCGUGGGUGCCCAAGCCUGGUGCGAGGAGGGGAUGAGUGUAUGAUCAAGAGGCCGAUAUGCAAGGACACACCCCUCCUGUAUUACACGAGAAC